AUGGGGAGAGGCGUUGGCUUCGCGGGUUGCUUCGUCGUCGCGAUGCUGGCUUGCCUCAGAGGUGCAGGGGCGACGGAGUAUGUAGUCGGCGAUAGCCGAGGUUGGACCGCGCCACCAAACAUCACGGCGAGGUACUACCUCGAGUGGGCCGCCAACAAAACUUUCGCGCAAGGCGACAUUUUGAAGUUUGUAGUGAAUGGGACGCACGAUGUCGCAGAAGUGUCCAAAGAGGUAUAUGACACCUGCGGAAAUGCGACCCCGAUUAGCGGAAGCGAUUAUGUAUUACUUUAUUCACUUGGAGGGUUCGGGAACGAGAAUGGCCAGUGUCAUUUCAUUUCCACGGUCGAUUUUGAUUGCGAAAACGGACUGAAGAUGGUCAUUACCAUCACCGACCUGAAUAUAUCCAAGUCGCCAGCUAGCUCGGCUUCCACGACCACCGCCGGCGCCUUAUGCAUGCUAGUUCUCUUAUCAACAAGUAUCAUCACAAUGCUUAUGAACUAG